UUUAAAGUACCUAUUUAUCUUUCAAUGUCGAUUCAUCACGGUUAAUUGCAACGACAGUCGAUACUACGUUAGAUGCAAUUGCAAUAUGCGACAAUGAAGAAACUCAACGAAUUACUCACAAUCUACUUCUUGUUGCAAUAUUUGUACGGCAUUUGUACGACUCACUUGCUCAUAAAUGUAAAAAAUCAGGGUGGUGAUAUUCUAUUAGAGACAAUUUCAUCGAAUGUCACUGAAGAUGUGAUUACUUUAGAAUUUCAAUGCUCUGAUGGGACUUUGGUGACACAACUCAUUGACUUCAAAAAUGAAGUGCAGAUUAUAAAAGCCUUGGUUCUUGGUGAAGAAGAACGUGGUCAAAAUCAAUAUCAAGUUUCAUGCUUUGUAAAUCAUUUCUUCAAAGUGGAUUUUAUAUCCUCCGAUGCCAUGUCGAAACUACGACAAAAAAAUCCAGGUACUGUUCGAGUAGCAGAAGAAGAUAAAGGCCAUGUCAAUUAUACCAUGAACUUAUUUUUGGAUGUAUCUGAAUCAAAAGAUAUUUCUAAACAUAUUGCAACCCUUUGUGGAGAAGCAGCAGGAUCUGCUUAUACCAGAAAUGAAGAUAUUAAACAAUGGAUUCAAAGGCCUAGGUCAUCAGAACUUUCACUUAUGGCAGCUGUAUACAACUUUAGCACAAAUUCUUUAAUGCAACAAGGUACAAAUGAAUCGAAAUCAUUAUUUGUAACAAGAUGUGCAGAUACAUCGAACAUGUGGGCACCUUGUACAUGUUCAUUAGAGUUAUGUAUUGGGUGGUAUCCAUGUGGUUUGAAAUUUUGCAAGGGGAAGGGUGAUGGUAAAAAGAUAGCCACUCCAUAUAAAUGUGGUAUUAAAACUUGUAAAAAAUGUUUUAUAUUCUCAUAUUAUUCUAAAAUGAAACAGAAUUGUUUGUGGGAUGAAUGA